GCUUUAAUUUUCGGAUGAUUCUUAUUACCGUCAUCUGCCACUUUGACUCUGACAAAACUAGUCACCCAGCAUGGCUGGAGCCGACAUGGCGGCCCCUUCCCCGGCCACCGAGCCCAAGCCCGGACCAGCAGCUGGAAAGAUUCCACCCGUUCAGCCCGCAGUCAUUGAAUGGCACCAUCUGGACAAGACCAGGUUCUACAUCUUGGCUCCCCUGGGCGGCCUUUCCACGCGCAUUGUGCUCUACCCUACGCAACUCAUCAAGACUCGUCUGCAAGUACAAACCAAGAGGGCCUUGUACAAUGGCAUGGUCGAUGCAGCUCGAAAGAUCAUCCGUCAUGAAGGCUUUUUUGCUCUCUACAAGGGCUUUGUACCAAACCUUGUGGGCCUGGCAGGUGGCCAAUUAUACAUUUCCCUGUACGAGUCUAUCAAAGUCAAGCUGCAACCCACCGUGCCCAGUGAGGUGACGCGCAACCUUCUCGGUGGCUUUUUGGCCUCGACCGUCGCCCAGACCAUUGUGGUACCCGUCAACGUUGUGUCACAACGCAUGAUGGUCCACGGCCAAAACGUUGACCCCAAUGUUGCCCGCAUCCCCCGCCUCAAGGCGAUACCCCUCAUUCGCUCCAUUUUCAAAGUGGAGGGUCUUCGUGGCUUUUUCACGGGCUACUGGGCUUCCGUGGCCGCCUUUGCCCCCUCCAGUGCCAUCUGGUGGGCAAGCUACGGUGCUGUGCGCCGUUGGCAGCAGGGAUAUGAUGUUGUGAAACAAGGCGGCAAUACCAUGCUGCUUCAAUCGCUGGGCGGCUCCUCCGCCGGCGUCAUUACAGCAGUAGUCACCAACCCGCUUGAUGUUGUGCGCGCCCGACUGCAAGUGGGUGCUCGAGCCGGUGACGGCCAGACCUUUUCCUCCAUCCUCAAGGAGCUUAUGAAGGAAGAAGGCAUACGGGGUCUUUACAAGGGCGUGACUGCGCGAAUGGUAUACAUGGGCUGCAACUCGUUCUUUUUGAUCGCGGCCUACGAGACUGUCAAGCGUUUGAGCUUAAAAGCAGAUGCACAUCUUCUCGAUGCCGCCAGCGAUGGUACCAACUAACUGCCAAGAUCAGCCCGGCGAGACCAGGCCCUCACUUGAAUCAUCUGCCAAGCACGGCCGCCAAAUAGCCACAGAAAGAAUCAUGAAGAAACAAACACUUAUUAGAUACCCCCAGUUUACCGCUUGCAGUCCAAGCUUAGGUCGGCGAGUGGAGCCGGGCCAAUCCGUGUGUCCUCCCGACUCUGCUCGACCCUUGCAGACCCCGGGUCAUUGUACAUGACCCCACCAAUGCAAUCCCCAAA